CAUAACAUCUUAUUUUCAGGGAUAUGCCAAGCACUUCUCCCAUAAUUAAGAACGAAAAAUAGCUAACUAGGUGCUUCCUAACCUUGGAUAUUCGUUGUGUUAUUAUAAUGGUGACUUUCCUGUCAUUAUUUUAGCUGUUAUUUAUUUUGGUUGAUGAUAGUGGACUAUUUUUGACGAUCAUCAUGCCGCAGAGUAUAGGGUCUUCAUCUAGGCUCUCUGGUAGCUCCCGUUCACGUCGCUAUCGCACCCGUGCACUCACCUCUCAUGUGGAUGAGAGCCUCUUUGGAACCCCAAAACAGGCUCUGUCAGCCUGCAAUGUCAAGGACACUGAGAGGGGUGGCCGGUUCGGACCCAGGGGCCAGUCCAGUUCAGCUCCAAGUCAGAAGACUCAGAACCUAGAGACAGUUCGCAUCAUCACAAAGGACCUCAUCCGAGACCUGAAGAUCCCAAGUAAGGAUCCGUCUGGGUUGUCUGUCAUCCUCCGCCCAACUGAUAUCGAGCGGAUCGCAACAGCUUCUCUGGUUUCAACCAAGGAGGAGCGGGAGUUCACGUUGGAAUCCCAGAGGAGGGAGAGAGAAGCAGCUAUGGAUGCUGCUGAGGAUAGGAAGGCCCAUAUCCGCCAGGCUGACCUGUCUCGUCAGAAGAACCAGGGCCUAAGUGAACUGGAGGCCGAGGCCAAGGAAAGAGCUCAGUAUCUGCUGGAGAGGGCCAACGCCAUGAGGAUGGAGCAGGAGGACGAGGUCAAGAAACUCAAUGAGUUGAUCCUGGGUGCCCGGUGCCACGCGGUGAGGGAUGCCCAGAUCCUGGAGAGACAGCAGAUCCUGGCUGAGCUACAGGAGGAGGAGAGGCGUCUGGAUGCCAUGAUGGAGGUGGACCGCAGGAGAGCCCUGGAGGCCCAGGAGCAGAUCGACGAGCUGCGCAAACACCAGAGGAUCCAGGGAAAGCAGCUGAUUAUAAACCAGAUUGAGGAGCGUCUGGAGGACAGGAUGCUGCAGAACGAGAUGAAGGAGCAGGAGGGCCAGCUGAUGCUGGAGAACCUGGAGAAGAUGCAGAUGGAGGAGCUGGAGGCUCUGGAGAGGAAGAAGGAGGAGCAGCAGCGUCUGCAGCAGGAGAUCCUCCGUAUCAACGAGGACAGCCUGCUGGCCAAGGAGCGCAACAAAGAGGAGGAGAGACUGGCCGACCUCCGGGCUAUGGAGUACACCCACAAGAAAAUGGAGCGGGAGGCUGAGUACGAGGCUGAACAGAGACGCAUCAAGAGAGAGAAGGAGAAGGACGUGGCCAGACUGCGAGCCCUACAGGAGAGAGAAAAAGACCACAAGGCAGAGCAGGAUGAGCUUCGAGCCAGGAGGAACCAGGAGGGAGCAGAGAGAGAUUGGAGGAGAAAAGAGAAGGAGCAGCUCAAGAAGAAGGUGGAUGUUGAGGAGAGGUUGAAGGCAGCUCGCUUGGAGCAGGUCACACAUAAGGAGCACCUCCUAUCCAUCGAGGCUGGGAGAGAGAGGGCUGAGUUUGACAGGGUUUUGAGGGCCCAGCAGGUAUCCAUCUGUAAGGAGAAGGACAAGGAGGAGAAACACAGGAUCAAGGUGUUGCGUCACGCUGACGGGGUGCGCCAGCAGGUGAGGGAGCGGGAGAUGCAGGCCAUCGCCCUGCGCAGGGAGGUCUACAAAGAGGGAGACCGGCUGGACGAGGAGGCCCGCCAUCGCCGCAUCCGCCUUGAUGAGAUCAAGGAGAAGAAGCUCAGGGAGCUCAAGGCUGCUGGACUUCCAGAGAAGUAUUGCAAUGAAGUGGAGAGAAGGGUGCAUGCUCUCCCUGCUCUGGCUCACUAGCAUGACUGACAGACUGCAACACAAACCCUGAUCUUUAUCAAAGAUUUCACAAUAGAGAUAAAUUAGCACUGCCAUCACACUUUGACAGGGUAGAGAAAAUAAUUAGUACAGGGUAUAAAUCUAGUGCAGCACCUUUGUGUUAGUGAUCAUUAGAUCAUUUGAAUAAAGAUGACUAUUACAAACUAUGAAUAUUUAUGAUUGUACUGUAGGCGUGACCUUAAGUAGUGCACAUUAACUAUUCAACAACUGAUCGAAGCAAAAAUAAAAAUGUAUUGUUAAUAUAUUAACUUAAAUGUGAUUUUAAAAUGUAUACUGUUUUUUUGUUAGAUCAAUUGGACUGUGCCUAACAGAUUCCAGUCAUACAGGACCCAAUAUUAUUUUAUCUACAGGAUAUCAUUUUUAUUUAGUCUAAUAAAUGUCCCUUUCAGCAUG